GGCGCGGGGCCUGGCGGGCGCUGGGCCGCCGCGGCGGAGCGGGGCCGGGCCGGGCAGAGCGGGGCCGGGCGGCGGAUUUAUGCGCUGCGAGCGGGGUCGGGGCGGGCGGCUGGAGCGGCUGGAGCGGCGGGCUGCGCCGGCUGGAGCAGCAUGGGUGUAAUAGGUGUACAGUUGGUGGUUACCAUGGUAAUGGCUAGUGUCAUACAGAAGAUCAUACCUCACUAUUCUCUUGCUCGUUGGCUUCUCUGUAGUGGCAGUUUACGAUGGUAUCAACAUCCUACUGAAGAAGAACUACGGAUUCUUGCAGGGAAACAAAGAGGGAAGAGCAAAAAAGACAGAAAAUAUAAUGGUCACAUUGAAAACAAACCUUUAACCAUUCCAAAAGAUAUCGAUCUUCAUCUGGAAACAAAGUCUGUGACUGAAAGGGACACUAUUGCAUUACAUUACUUUCCUGAAUACCAGUGGUUGGUGGAUUUCACUGUUGCGGCUACAGUUGUGUAUGUGGUGACUGAAGCAUAUUACAGCAUUGUGAAGCCCCCGCAAGAAAUGAAUAUCAGUGUAGUGUGGUGUCUACUUGUCUUGGCUUUUGCAGUUAAGGUACUGUUUUCAUUGACCACUCACUAUUUCAAAGUAGAGGAAGGAGGUGAAAGAUCGGUCUGUGUCACGUUUGGCUUUUUCUUCUUUGUGAAAGCAAUGGCGAUUUUGAUUGUGACAGAAAACUAUCUGGAGUUUGGACUGGAAUCAGGUAACUCCCUUCUUUAGUAUUUGCAACCGUCUUAUUUAUUGAUUUAUUGCAUGACCAGAAAGAUUUAUUUCACGUCUUUUAGAUAUUUUUGGGAAUGUAUCUGUUAAUUUUAACACUGUUAUGUGAUACAGUGUUUCUGGAGGAUAAUUUGUCUAUUUUCCCUGCUUUGUAUUA